GAACAAUAAUGGCUUUUGACGAAGAAAAAAAAUACAUACAUACAUAUGUUAUUAGUAUAAGGAUGACAGUAAAUUCACUAUAUUAUUGUGUUACUAUAAUGUUGUUUGUCAAAUAAAAUUCUUGCAUUGAUAACUGAAAGAGUGCAUAAAUGCAUAAACAAUCCUUAAAUACAUAACAUGUUAAACACAAUAUUCGAGAGAGGACGAACAAAUUAUAGGGUUAGAAGUAUUUAUUUACACAAUAUCCAAUAUCCCAAAUACAAUGAAUAACUAUAUAGCGUAUGAGAGUAUAGUGCCAUUGGUUUCAAUGACAUGAGUCUGAACUGUUUUUUAUUUAUUUCCUGGGAGAAUUCUUUGGAAACAUUAAUACGUAUUUAGGGAAAGAAAAAUACCUUACAUCUGACAUCAACAGUGGGUAGUGUGAAAGUGACAUUUCAGCCACCCUCACUGUGCUGAGACGAGAAGACUCGAUAGGUCAACUUAGCCUGCUUCGACCGACUGGCUGCAUGACUAAGAAGAUUAGAUAAGAUUUACUUGCUGAGCAGUCGUCAGCAACACAGCUCUCACGGUUCAUAGCAACAGGUAACUAAGUACCAUAGGCACUGCUAGCAUUCACCAUGGAUAGUAGCAUAUUGAUCUGAACAGGGCAGAACUGUUUUAAUUUCUGUUGAUGAAUUUCCCUCUUUUGACUGCACUUCUCACACCUGCUACCAGGGAAUUGGCAAGUACUUUUCUGAUAGUGAUUUUUACUGUUUGUUACUAUCACACCAUUGGUAUUAUACCACAAUGGAGCUUUACACUCAUCCACAGUGUACUGUCCAUCAUGUGAGCUGAGCUUGACGCAAUAUGGUGAUGUACAUCCUGUGGUCUGCAUUUGCAUGGACAUUCAAGGGUGUCUUGUAUACCUGCAGGUUCCUUUGGGUGAGCCCUUACUAUGCAAUCAAAUGCCCGGCAAAGGGACCCUUCAAAGGGUGUGAGAAGACAGAGGUACCUGGAGGCCAUGAGCCCAGAAGUGCCAUACUCAAAAGACUGUCCAAAGCAGAGAAGGACAUCCAAGCCCUGAAGGUUCAGCUUGCCAGUGAGAGGGCAUUGUGGGAAAGGAAGUUCUCAGAGCUGCAGAAGAAACAACAGGAACUACAUAAGCAGCUGAUCUCAGAGACUCUAGCUAGGACUGGGGUCUUCGUCAGGGAGGGUGGAUUGGAUGACCAAGACGGAUUUGAGGAAAAUGGCUCGAAUGAAAAGGACCACGACACCGCAAGUAGCAUAAGGCACUCCUACCAGCAUGAAGGGUCAGAUGUGAGGUCAUCAAGAGGAGACACGGGACAAAGCAGCUCGUCAGGCAGCCAACUUUCCUUAUCAGCUUUUGGCUCUUGGCGCACUUCUGGUCUUUCUUCAGCCACUAGUGUUGGCUCCUGGAGGAGCUCUAUGGGUCCACAUCGGGUCUUUGUUCCUCACUCACCUCUGGACUUGCAGUUGGGUCAACGGGUCCGCAUCCUGCUGGCUUCUGGCAGAAUCAGUACCGGGACUAUCCGUUACCUGGGCAACCUGCAGGGGGAGCCAGACUUCCACCUGGGUGUCGAGCUGGAGACAUCCGAGCACGGCCUGCUGGACGGCACUCAUGCUGGACACAGCUACUUUGAUUGCAAGCCUGGACAAGGGACCUUCGUACCAUUCAACAAACUGCUCAUGGUCUGGGAGUGAUGACAUCACAGACAUUCUCUACUUGAGCUGCACAUCUCGAUGUAGCGGUUGUCGACAUCCAGCUGAAACUUUACAUCCAACAACAAAGUUCUGAAGCAAGAGCUUACCGUCAACUUUCCUUUUUAAUGAGCAGUUUAAAGAGAUUCUAUAAUGAAAUGUGGACAGAAUGUCAAUUGUAAGUUUUACAACAACUACCGGGUGUAGCCUAUAUGUAACACAUAUAAAUAUAGUAAAUAUGUUGAUCAGCACAGUGUAGGCAUGAAACAUAUCACAAGACUGUUCAUAUCAUUUUUUAAGAUGUUAUUAAACUGCUAUUGAAAUGAUGCAACAUUGUUCCAGUAACCAGAUAUUGAAGAUACUAUAGAUGCGGAUGUGUAGGAUGAAAGUGCAAGUAUUCACAAAUUCACCUAUAUUUAAAAAUUGUGACAAAUGAUCACACUUUACCUUUGACUGAUUGAAGCAUGAGUAAAUUACCAGUAUGUGUAACUAGAGACUGAAAUAACAUUUAAAGUGACAAGGUAUUUUAAUCCUCUGAAAGCAAAACACUACAACCAAAUGUAAGUACAAAUGCACAAAUGUUGCUUAAACCUGUUCUUUUUACUACUCUGUAAAGGUCAUGUCAAGAUAGGAUCUGUGACGACAUUGACAAAGUCUGACAGUUGCGUCAAAACAAAGUUGCGGUUUUGCUUGACAAAUAACCUGAUCUAAAGGAUGUCAACAUUUUGAUAAGAAUCAUAGCAUGACAGAACAGUGACAAUAAACUAGUUUCCCUUCCGUCAAUGAACAUUGAUAAUGUUGAUUAAGUUGCUGUAUUUGGUUAACAGGUGACUUUUAAUUGGUAGAAUGGAUGGUAAGACUGGGCACAACUAACUAGUCCGUCAAAGCCACAGUCAGUGUCAACGGACACAUUCUGAUAACCUAUUUAUGUUCUUACUGGAAUGAACAUGCCAAAGUGUGAGAUUACUUCAGAGUUAUGAUAAGUAUAUUUUAGAUUCUUUAAACAGAGUAGGGAUAGUCAAAUGAAAUCAAAUAAUAUUUUAUUUGUACAGCCCUUUUUACAAGCAGUGUUCACAUAUGACUUCCCAUAUGUCCAUGGAACAUCACCUAAACCCCUCAAAGAAGACAUGAAAAAAACAUAAAGGGAUCCCCUCCUCCAGACAUGAAUGGCUAUCCGGAAUCCUUGGAAUCUCAUGCCUGUCCCAGCUCUGUUUGUUUGUCUGUGAAUGCCAGGCAAGGAGAAGACUAACUACAUAGUUUUCUCAUGGCCUUACGUGUAUCUUAUUCAGUCUGGUAUUCUCAAGCUCUUUCAGUGCUGAUCCUGUCGUUUUAGUCAGACGACAUUCAUUGGUGUCUUCUAAGAAUGUACACAAAGGAACAGACCGUUCUGUUUCGUGUUGCUGGAGGAGGAGACAAGGUGUUGGAGGUAGAGAGUAGUCUUAUUGUAUUUCUAAAGUAUAGGGUCACAAGGAUUCCCAUGAGAUCUAGAGGUGAUACCUACAAUCACCCUUUAUCUAGAACACCUGAAACAGACUGGAAUUUAACUCCA